CCGACACGUUCGUGUGCACAUGUGCAAGGACGCGCGUGAACGGGACAAUGUUCGAUUUAUUUCAGAACCUUUGACUUCUUCGACGUCAACGACCUAGACAACGCCUGCAGGAUGGUCUACCCAACUGCAGAUGAGGUGAAGAUCAUCGCAGCCGCGGAGCAGCUGGUCGAGAAGACGAUGGCUCGCUAUGAUCCUUCUCAUGAUAACUUCCACGUGCAACGUGUACGGAAGACUGCCAUGCACCUUGCGAAACAGGUCUCCAAGGACGACUGCUCGCGCAAGCCAGAUCUCCUCACCGUCGAGCUCGCUGCGCUUCUGCACGACGUGCUUGACAAGAAGUACGCCACAUCGGAGCAGGCCGCGGAUCCGUACAAGUUUUUCCUGCCAUUCUUUGAAAAGUGGGCCGCAGAGUCGGGGGUAAAUCUUGUCAAAGAUGGGCGUGCACGUGACAUUGCAAAGAUUGUCACGAAUGUCUCGUGGAGUACAGAGAAGAAGCUCCGCGAGGCCAGGCUCAUCACAGAUUGGCAUAGGGAGUGUGUCGAGCUGCACUGUGUGCAGGACGCAGAUAGGCUUGAUGCGAUCGGGGCCUUCGGCAUCCUCCGAUGCGCCGCAUAUAGCGCCGCCGUCAAUAGGCCGCUCUACGCUGCCUCUGACGACCCAGCCCGGCCGGACACAGCCAUUCAGCACUUUUACGACAAACUCUUCCACAUCCGGGAACAGCUUAAGACUGCGCCUGGCAAGGUCAUGGCAGAGAAGAGACAUCAAUUGAUGCUCGACUUUGUGACCGCCAUAGACGAGGAGUACAGCAUGCAAUUAUGACGCAGGCUUGCGUAUUGUUAUUAUCCUAAAUUUACUGUCUUCAACCCAUAAUAUGUUGCGUAGCCGGAUGGGCUGGACCUAGUGGAGCUUACUGUUUCGGACUGGAUUUGUUGCACGCGAAUACAGCUUUACGCGACACGUCGAUAUUGGGCUGUUGGCACUAGGAUUUUACAUAAUGUGUACCGCGAAAUGGCUGGCAAUGUUUGCCUCUGAG